GGUUAUACUUUAUUUUAAGGUGACGCUGUUACAGUGUAUUUACACAAAUAAGUAAUAUGUACUAUAAGGUUAAGGUUAGGGUUUGGUUUAUGGUUAGUUUCUUGAAAUUAUGCAUAAUUUACUGUUAAUAUACUAAAUACAUGCAACAUGUGUACGCCAAACUACGUCACCUUAAAAGAAAGUGCUACCGAAAAUAGUGUAAUUUCAUAGUUAAGUUAGCACACUACAGCUAAACGCCCUUGAAUGUGUCUGAGAUACGGGCCGCUGUCCUUGGUGCUGACUGUAGACGCUCAGUCAGUGAUUGGGCUGCGUGACCAGACUCUGUCCAAGUACCAAUGAUGUCACGUCGAGUGUAACUAUAGCCCUAUAGUUAUAUAGUUAUAUAGGCUACUAUAGCAAAUCGUAAUUCAAUCCAAACCAGCAUCAUAUUUUGUAUUGUUAUUAUAUUGUUCUUUUAAAUGUUUCACAACCACACAAUUAUGCGAAUUAUGGAGGUGUAUUAAGAGAGAAUGAUGGCUGGGAGCGUGUUAAAGUUAAGCUAUGUAUUCUUUUUACAUAAAAACAGUAUAUAUAUACAUUUCAGCUGAGUUUUUAAGCAUUUGAAUAACCGACAAAUGUCUAUAGCUAUGACAUUUCUAUAUAGCUAACAAAACAUUGAUCACUUUAUUAUGUAGCCUACCUAGAUUUAAACACCACAAAUAGGCUACAUCACAAACAUUUACUAUCCUGUCUUUAAAAGAAAAUGUAGCCAUCAUUAGCCACCCAAGCACUCGUUAUGUGUGACCAGGAAGUUGGAAUACCGAUAAAGAUAAGUGUAGCCAUCAGGACCCUCCCACAUCGUCGGAUCAAUGGUCCAGUCAAAACAAGCCUGGGCUUUUUCGCAACAGCGCCUCGAGUAUAUAAAGGCAGGCAGAGCUGCUAUCCAGCGCUGAGAGAGCCACACACGCUACACCUAUACACUACUUUACCUCGCACUUCUGUUCAUCUGCACGUUCACACCCCGUCCGUCCGGAUGAGUUAUUCGAUAGACACUAUAGGAAGCCCCUACCGGAGGGUGAUGGACACCAGGACGAGCUAUUCGAGCCCCUCCAGCGGGUUCCGCUCCCAGACCUGGUCGAGGGCAAGCCCUACUUCUUCUUCGUACAAGAGGACCUUCAACGUCCCGGUGGCGCGAGCUUACGGCUCAACAGUUCUGAGCUCCACCGACAGCCUUGAUUUCGCUCAGACCUCCAUCCACAAUGGAGACUACAAGCGCGCCAAUGAGAAGGAACAACUCCAGGGACUCAACGACCGCUUCGCGGGCUACAUCGACAAGGUGCACUUUCUGGAGCAGCAGAACAAGCAGAUCGAGGCGGAGAUCCAGGCACUGCGGCAGAAGCAGGUGUCGCAGUCUCAGCUGGGCGAACUUUACGACCAAGAGCUGCAGGAGUUGCGCUCCAUGCUGGAGCAGAUCCACCAUGAGAAGGCGCAGAUCCAAAUGGACACCGACCACAUUGAAGUAGACAUCCAGCGCCUGAGAGAUCGCUUCGACGAGGAAGCCCGCAUCAGGGAAGAGACGGAAGCGAUCGUCCGUGCCCUGAAGAAGGACAUGGGUGACUCAGCACUCGUCAAAGCAGAGUUGGAGAAGAAAGUGCAGUCCCUGCAGGACGAGAUCGCGUUUAUCCGCAACAACCACCAAGAGGAGCUCAGCGAUCUGUUAGCGCAGGUGCAGGCGUCACAGAUCACCGUGGAGAAGAGGGACUACCAGAAGGCGGAUAUCACCGAAGCGCUGCGCGAGAUUCGCUCGCAGCUGGAGGGCCACUCAACGCAAAACCUCCAGCAGGUGGAAGACUGGUUCAUGUGCCGCUACUCGAAACUCACGGAGGCCGCAGAGCAAAAUAAAACCGCCAUCAAAUCCGCACGGGACGAGAUCGCAGACUAUCGCCGCCAGUUACAGUCCAAAACCAUCGAGCUGGAGUCUGUCCGAGGAACCAAAGAGUCUCUGGAGAGGCAGCUGAACGACAUAGAGGACCGACACAACAAUGACAUUGCCAGCCUUCAGGAAACCAUCCACCAGCUGGAAAAUGAACUCAAGAGCACGAAAUGGGAGAUGGCACGGCAUCUUCGUGAAUACCAGGACCUCCUGAAUGUCAAAAUGGCACUAGAUAUAGAGAUUGCAGCAUACAGAAAACUUCUUGAAGGAGAGGAGAGCCACUUUAGCACUUUCCCAUAUCGCCAGACGGUCACCAAAGGCCCCAAGGUCAAAAGUGAGCCUCCUAAACUUAAAGUGCAACACAAGUUUGUGGAGGAGAUCAUCGAGGAGACGAGGGUGGAGGAUGAGAAGUCUGAGAUGGAUGAGGCUUUGGCUGAGAUGGCAGAGGAGAUGUCAGCUGCCAAAGGAGAAGAUGAAGUAGAGGAAGAGGGAGAGGCUGAGGUUGAAGAAGGUGGUGAUGAGGAAGGAGAGAAAGAAGAGGAAGGUGAAGGUGAGGAGGAAGAAAAGGGAGAGGAGGAGGAGGUGGUCGCCUCAACCCAAGCCAAAGUAGCCUCCGGAGCCCCUGCUGAGGAUGAAGAGGAGGGAGAGAAAGAAGAAGGUGAUGAAAAACAAGAAGAAGAAGCUGGAAAGGGUGAUGAGGAGGAAGAGAAAGGAGAGGAGGGUGAGGAGGACAAGAAAGAGGGCGAUGCAGAGGACGAAGCAGAAGAAACUAAAUCACCCAAAGCAAAGGCCUCUCCUGAGAGUGAGAAAGCAGAAGAGAAGCAGGCCAGCGGAGGAGAAGAAGAAGAGGGUGAUGAGAAAGAUGAGGCAGAUGCAGGUAGCGACAAAGGAUCAACAGAUGAAAAAGAAGCCGAAGCAAAGGAGCAGCCUAAAAAAGUAGAAACAGAAACAGCAAAGGAAGACAAGAAGGGAAAAGAGGAGAAGGAAGAGCCCAAAUCUGAAAAGGAAAAGGCAACUGUGGCAGAAACCAAGACGGAGACGCCUAAAGCAGAAUCUCCAAAGAGUGAGAGUCCAAAGAGCGAAAGCCCGAAGGAGACACCUAAGACAGAAGCUCCAAAAAAGGAAGCCCCCAAAAGUGAGAGUCCUAAGAAAGAGGAGCCUAAGGCAGAGCCAACCAAGAAAGAUGCCCCAAAGUCAGAACCAGCGAAAACAGAAACUAAAGAAGAUUCCCCAAAGCCAGCAGAUGAGAAAAAGAGUGAACCAGAGAAAAAGUCUGAAGAUAAAAAGAAAGAGGCAACCGUGAACGGAGACAUGGGCAAGAAAGAUGAAAAGAAAGACUCCGAUAAGAAGGAGGUGAUCUCCAAUGGAGUGGAUGAGAGCCCAACCAAAGAUGAAUCGAGCCAGAGGGUGGUCAUCACCAAGACGGUGGAGACCAUCACAACUGAUGAAGGCGGAGUCACACAAGUUACAAAAACUGUUACCGUCACUGAGAAAGGAGAUGAGGGUGGGGAAACCGUCUCCAAAACUGUGGAGAAGGCCGUGAAGGCCACCGAAGCAGAUUAGACCCGAGCGUCCAGCUAUAGCCGACCGAAGAGGAACUAGGGAGGAAGCAUAUCAAGCAAUCAACACAAAACGAAACAUAACGAAGAAAUCAUAAAGCUCAACAGAUGUACUUAAUUACAUUAACCACACUAAGACAAAAACACGCAUAGAGAGAAGCCAUACGAUGCGGCAAGCUAAAAAAUGCAUGUUGAGUGACAGCUUUAAAUGGGUUCUGCUGCGUUUGCGGUCCGGGACGCCGGGGACUCAAUUUCACUGCAAUAUCUGGGGGAGGGGGGCGGUCACUUGAAUGUGGCAUCUGCAUGCCAGCUCAGGGGGAGAGCGCUCCUCGUUCUUUGAGAUAGAAUAAAAAACACCCUAUGUAUGACAGUAAUAUAAAAUACUCGCAGAGUGGUGGGGAAUUACAUUUGCUUGAAGUUAGAACAACAAGGGUUGUAAAGAUACGUUCUUCUGACAAAGUAGCCUUAUAAAUAUUAUCGCGAGUACUCGAACUGAGCCAAAAAUGUUAAAAAAAAGGACGAAGACGAUGGUGAAAAUAGCCCAUGGUCAUAUACACUCAGUACAUACAGCAACUAAGAAACACUUAGCCUUAAACAUGCUUUUUACCGUUGUCAGUUAUGUUUACCUGAUGAGUGCAUUUGAAAAUUAACCUGUCAAUGUGCACAUACAUUCUUGUAUGCAUAGGAUUGACUUGAAUUCAACUACUUACCGUUAAUGAGGUGCUACCGUUUGCAGUCCCAUGUUCAUCUGAAUGAAUUUCUCAGCAGCAUUUGCUCAAUAAACAUCCUAAUAAAAUACACUACAUAUA